CGGUUAGCUCCUCGCGUCCUCCGGGCCCAUCGCCACACCUUCCUCCUCUUCUGGCUUCUCCCUCCCUUCCUCUUCCACGGACACACCGGAGGAGGAGAAGGACCGACGAUCCGGUCGGGGAGGAGGCGUGGCCAGCGAUGGGUCUCCGCAGGGGUGUCGUGCUGCGCGCGGCCGUGCUCGCCGCCGUCCUCGGCUUCGCCGCCGCCGGAUUCAUCUCAAAUGACGCGCUGCUGGAGCACGGGCACGACACCACCGGGCGGAGCCUGCUGCAGGCCAAGAAAGAUUGCCCGGUGAGCUUCGAGGACGCCAACUACACGAUCAUCACGAGCCGGUGCAAGGGCCCGCUGUACCAGCCGAGCCUGUGCUGCGACGCGCUCAAGGACUUCGCGUGCCCCUACUCCACCUACAUCAACGACGUCACCACCAACUGCGCCGCCACCAUGUUCAGCUACAUCAACCUCUACGGCAAGUACCCGCCGGGCCUCUUCGCCAACACCUGCCACGAGGGCGACAAGGGCCUGUCGUGCCCGGAGGACACGCCGCAGGUGCAGCCGGGCCAGAAGGCCUCCGGCGCGGCCGCCGUCGCCGCGCCGGCUGCGGCCGUGGCGGUGGCGGUGGCGGCCGCACUGGCCGUGUCAUUGAUCAUGUCGUGCAGCUCGUGCUGAGACGAGGAAGGCUGUGGAGGUGGUGACUGUGUAACCAACCGUGUGCUUCUGUACCCUUUUUCUGCUGGAUGAAUGGGUUUGCAGUUAUAUGCAUGUGUGAAUAUCUGAAUUUCGAGAAGGGUGGUAGACAGGUAUUGCUAGUCCAACUCUUCUUGCACCUCCUGAACAUGGUAAAAUUCCUUCAAAUGAAUGAUGCAACACGCGAUGGUUACAAAGGCUGAA